GGACCCCCCCCAGGAUGGAUUUCCUGCGGCGCCGCCUCUCGGACGGGAAUUUCCUGGCGGGGGGGGGGGAUGGGCGGAGACCCCCCCCCCAGCUGGGGGAGGGGCGGGGAGACCCCCGCGGACCCCUCCCCCCACGGCGCCGCUGCUGCUCGUGAUCGCCCCCCCCCGGCACGGACUGGGUGAAACCCUUCAAGGGCAAAUCCGUGCACCGGGGACGUGGAGCUGAGGGUGGAGCAGGCCCAGUUCUCGGAGCUCUCCUUGGCCGCCUCCACCCACGGCGCCCUCAGCGUCAGCAUCGACCCCGCCCGGGGCGGCUCCAGGAAGGUGCGCCCCGAUUUUGUGCUGGUGCGGGAGGAGCCCGAGGGCGGCGCGGGGGGCGCCCCCCGGCGGCUGCUGGUGGGAUUGCACCUGGGGGGGGUCCCGGGCAGCGACCCCAUCCCCGCCCUGUACGGCUUCAGCCACCAGCCCUGCCUGUUUGCCCAGUUGGCUCGGCUGCAGCGGGAACUGGGCCAUGAGGCCUUUCCACUGGUGCCCCAGCGCUUCUGCAACCGGCCCCAGGGACUGCUCACCGCCCCCACCUUCCCCAUGACGGUGACGCUCAGCCCCGCCCCCGCCGGGGUGGGACAGGUGCGCGUGGGCUCCCCGCAGGUGCUGGGCGCCGUGGCCGCUGCCAUGGGCGGGGCCCGGGCGGGGGCGCUGCUGCGGGGGGGCCCCGUGGGAACCGAGAAACUGCGGGUGCAGAGGAUCGGGGACCAGUACAGGGCCCUGCGGUGGUCCCUGGGGGGCGGGGACACGGCGGGGGAGGGGCCGCAGGUGGAGCCAGUUGCGCUCAGCCCCAGGCACCGGGCGUGGGUUGACGCCUGCGCCGGCCUCUUCGGGGGCGUCGACAUCUGCGGGGUGGAGGCGCUGAGGGGCCCCGACGGGCAGGAGCAGAUCGUGCAGGUUCUGGGUUCAUGGCUGCCCCUGCUGGGCCCGGGCGCGGCCGAGGACCAGGCCCAGAUCGUGGAGUUGGUGCUGGAGCGGAUGAGGGAGGAGCUGCCCCGCCCCCGCAGCCCCUCCCCUGCCCGGCCACGCCCACAGGUGUCGGUGACGUCAGGGACCCCCCGGCCGGGGACCCCCCCCCAGCAGAGACCCCAGCCCCAGGGUGCUCCGCCUCCAUCUGGCCCCGCCCAGCCCCGCCCACAGCCGCAGGGGCAGCCCCGCCCACAAAUGGGCGGAGCUUCACCACGCCCCACCCAGCCAGGCCCUGCUCAGCCACGAGGCCCCGCCCAGCCCCGCCCACUCGCUGCACAGCCCCGCCCCCAAUCCCCAACGGCCACGCCCCAACCCCGCCCAACCUCCCCGCAGCCACGCCCACAAACCCCGCCCAGCCCUGCUCAGCCACGCCCACAAACCCCGCCCAGCUCCCCACAGCCACACCCGCAAGCCCCGCCCACUUUGCAGCCACGCCCACCUCUGGCUGCCUCGGCGCCUCAGCCACGCCCACCCAGCCCGCAGCCCCGCCCACAAGCCCCGCCCACACCCCCGCAGCCACGCCCACAAAUAUCUCCCACAUCCCAACCUCGCCCUCAACCCCGUCCCCAAGCCCCGCCCUCCUCUGCCACGCCCCGCCCCCCCGCCCCGCAGGCCACGCCCACCACGCGCCAGCCCCGCCCCCAGGCCCCGCCCAUCGCCCCCAAACCCGUGCUGGCCCCCAAACCCGGCUCCGCCCCUCCCCCCAGCCCCGCCCCCGAGCAGGGCCCCCCCGAGAGCCUGCGGGCGCUGCGGCAGAGCUUCGCCAGCCUCUUCUCCGACUGA